AUGGCCAAGGUAGGACCCGUCAGGGUAUCCGUCUCCUCGCUAGACCCACUGGGCAUCGUCUCGCUGAUGUACCAAGCCAUUCAAGUCCUCAUCGCUUGGUUCUUUGCGCCUUUGCCUCCCUCGGCUCAACAAGCACAGAAGCCGCUCGCAAAGAUCGCAGUCAUUGGUGCGGGUAUCACGGGUGUUUCCACCGCUGCUCAUCUUGCUGGUCGUGAGUACACGUGCGUAAAGUGCAUAUGCCCAAGUCGUACCGCUUAUCGACCGGACAAUCCUUUUGCGAUAUUGCAGAUGGCUUUGACGUCACUAUCUUCGAGGCGGGUUCGGAAGAGAAACUUGGAGGAAUCUGGGCAAAUGUGAACAGCAGUUCUGGACUGCAGAUCAGCUCCAUCUUGUACCGCUGGCACCCGCUCGUCCGCUGGUCCAAAGGCUACCCCAAGCGAGAUGAGAUUCUAGCCAACGUCAAGCGCGUCUGGACUCGUUAUGGCCUGGACAAGAAGACAAGGUUCAACGUGAGUGAUAGCAGCCACGCAAAGCGCUCGGAGAGUUCACGCUGGUGGAACGCUAAUAGGCUGCCACGAACCCGUCUCAUGCAACGUUGCGCAGACGCCCGUCCAAUCUGUCACGCGCCACAAGAGCAGCACAGAUCCUGCAGAGAGAGGCAGCGCCAAAUGGAUCAUCAAUGGCGACGAAACGCAGGUUUUCGACGGAAUCUCUGUCAACGUGGGAACGUGUGGCAAGCCAAAGCGCAUGGAAUUGCCGGGUCAGGAGAAGUUCAAGGGUCAGAUUGUACACUCGAGCGAGCUUGAUGAUGUCGAGCUCAGCGGCAAAAAGGUGAGAAGAGGGUUGCCUUUGCUGCUAACAGGUGUAGGGUGAUUGACCCGUGCGGCUUGGUCAUGGCAGGUUCUCGUCGUAGGCGGUGGUGCAUCUGGUGUAGAGGCGCUGGAGCUGGCAGUGGAGAAGCAGUCAGAGACUGCCAUUAUUCUCGCCCGCUCCGACAAGUGGAUCAUUCCUAGGUGUGAGUGGCUUGCUGAUCGAUCAAGUAUGUAGAUCACAGGAAACUCACAGCGAUCUCGCUUCGUCAGUCACCCUCGUGGACAUCCUUCUGGCUCUUCAACCAUUUGGCCGCGAAACCAUCACCAGCAAAAUUCCCGAGUUCUUGCUAAAGAAGUUGCAUUAUCGUGACCUCGAGGAAAAGAUGGCACCUACUCAAGGUUUCUACCAAGACACGCCAAUCGUCAAUGUGAGUUGCUCGAGCCAGGUUUGGCGCAUGCGCAGAAACGGUUCCAGCUGACAUCCAACUUUGACUCUUGUAGACGUCUUGUCUCGAGCACAUCCGGGAGGGGAGAGCUGAUUAUGAGCGCGGCGACGUGCUCGAGCUCACCUCAGACGGCAUCGAAUUCAACAAGCGCAAGCGCGGACAAAAGAAGGAGACCACUGGCGAAAAGGUCCACUAUGACGCCGACGUCAUCGUCGUUGCGACUGGUUUCGAGAAGCCAAAGAUCGACUUCCUGCCUGACGACUUGUUCCCUGGCGAAUACGUGUGAGCCAGGCGCGGCGCUCUCGCCCCUAUUUCGCUUUCUCAACUGAUCCGUCUUUGGAUCCCAGUCGCCCAAACAUGUACUUGCAAGUCUUUCCAGUCGAAGAUUCCACAGUAUUGUGCACGAAUUCCACCUUCCAAGCUGCAGUCGGUGAGUGACACUGGUCUGUGAGCGCGCCGCGGAGCUGUGCGCUCACAUGUCCGCGCUCACCUCGCACUCAGGUACCGUUGGACACGUGCACAUUGGCAUCUAUGCGCGUAUCCUCGCAUUGUUCGUCCUUGAGCCGGAGACGAGGCCCGUACCGAAGGACAUGCGCCUUUGGGUGGAUCUAAUUCGUUGGGUGUGAGUGCAUGAACCUCCCCUCUCGAAAUGUCGACUGCAGCUGCUCACCAAGACUACUGCGCCUGACGCAGCAAGGAGAAUGCGCCCGGCGGCGAGCUUAGCUUCUUUACGUACAUGGAACUCUGUGUGAGUGGGGCGUGACGCAUCGACGAGGCUUUGGCAAGUAGCUCGUUUCUAACCGUUCAUCUGUUCCACUUGCUUUCAGAUCUGGCUUGUCACUUUCCUGUUCUUCCGUUGGACGCGUAUCCAAUUCUUUUGUGAGCCAAACUUGGCGGAGAGAUUUGUAGCAGCUUCACCUGCUUCGCUGACACAGGCGGCACGCGUCUGCAGUCUUUGUGCUUUUUGGUCUCGGCUUCUGGUCGCGUGACCAAGCUUCCGAUGGCAAGCCGGCAGGCAAACCUCGUUUCCAUUUGAGCAUCACCAAGCGUAAGUUGUCAAUUGUGGACGCGGAUGGCUAGAACGCACCGACCUUACUGACCUGCUGUCUCUGCAGUAAUCCCGCACUACAGACGCAAAGUCAUCACUUCGCGCGAGACUAAAGCGAGCGCUAACAAGAAAAAGUCAAGAGGAGAGGCUGUCAAACACUAG